GCUCCGCGUCUGUCAGGGAGAAGGUGACAGGGGACGGUGAAAAUGGCCACCGCUUACCUCACCCACCAGCAGAAAGUGCUGCGACUUUAUAAGAAAUCACUGAGACACCUGGAGUCCUGGUGCGUGUUCAGAGACAAAUAUCGUUUCUAUGCCUGCUUGAUGCGGGCUCGCUUCGACGAAAACAAGAAUGAAAAGGACAUGGUGAAGGCCACCAUGAUGCUGAAGGCAGGAGAGGAGGAGUUCUGGACCAGGCAACAUCCUCAGCCCUACAUCUUCCCCGACUCCCCUGGAGGGACCUCCUACGAGAGAUACGAGUGCUACAAGGUCCCGGAGUGGCUGCUGGACCACUGGCACCCCUCGGAGAAGGCCAUGUAUCCGGAUUACUUCUCCAAGAGAGAGCAGUGGAAGGCACUGAGGAAUCAGAGCUGGGACAAAGAGGUGGCCCAGCUGCAGGCUGAGACUGGAAUUGAAGGCAUCAAGACCGAAGCCCUCCCUCCAGCCCGCAAGGAGGGCAACCUCCCCCCUCUGUGGUGGCAGUUUGUCACCCGCCCCAGGGAGCGUCCCACAUAAACACCCCCACCUCCACCCCCCCCAGUCUGAGGGCAAAGUCUCCCAACUCUCUUGACCUCUGAGUGAAGAAGGACCAUCGGUCUUAAGGGAUGUUUUCAUGGCGCUCCACCUGUACAGUUAGCGUGAGGAAACAACCCGUCUGUGUUCACCUGGAACCUUUCAAGUGGUCAGAAGUCCUGUCUUGUGUUUCACUGAAUAACUGUUCCAAUAAAUCUAUAUAUGAUUCAAACGUU